AUGUCCCUUUGCGUUAUUCAUGGGACAUCACCGAACAUUGUUUUGCCCGCAGAUAGUUAUAUGGACAAGUCAUGUUCGGAAAUCUUAAAUGCUGUAAAUCAUCAAGGUUGUUUACUUGCGUAUAGAUGUCCAUUUUAUACAGAAGUCUUAAAGCUAGAGGAUAUUCCUCUCAAGAUGCAUGAAGAGCUUAUUCUUCAUGACGAUUUGGAAGAUUAUCCAGCACCAGAAUACUAUCUAAAAGUUAUUCCUGAAUCGGACAAGAACUACUUCUGGAUUGAAGUUGAAAUUUCAACCCAAUUAAAGGACCAAAUGCCCUUAAUGCUCGUCUCUAUUGAAACAAACGAACUUAAUACCCUAACUGUUCAGAAUAUUUUCCUUGCAUGCAAGGCUUGUUUCGGUUAUGAUUUCACCGAAGAGAAACUUUCAAUUGGCGACCGUCAAUUAGAAAUGAGCGAGCCAGCGGAGCCAAUAUUGCAGCAAUGCCGUUCAGAACACAUAAAAUUAAACGUUGUUUUGGGAGAUGCCGGCAAGCGCAAAAUCGGCGCACGUGGCCACAUUACAGCAGAAAUUAUUUCAACUGAAGAAACUUACAACAACGACCUUAAAAUGCUUCUCGAAUACUGGGAACCAGAAUUUCGUAAGAGCACAGCAUUUCAAGAAGGCGAAAUUCAUUCGCUUUUCCGCGAAAUAAAAACAAUUUACCAAGUACAUUCAGCUUUCUUGGAAGAUCUCAAAAAGAUCAAGCCAGGCUUUACUGCCGAAAUGUCUUACGUCUUCUUGAAGCAUCUACAAAAUUUUACCAAGGCUAAGGUUUUCGUUUCAGCUUAUAAGCCAAUAGAUGAUAUGUUAAAGAAGAAGAGAAUGGUUCGUUCAGUAGAUAAACAGAUUUCCGAAAUAGAAGCUAAUAUGCCACUUCACAACGGAAGAAACUUCAUGUCCUAUUAUAUUACUCCUGUUCAGAGAUAUCCAAGGUAUCCGUUGCUUUUCAGAGAGCUUGACAAGAGCACUCCAAGCUUCCACCCAGAAAAGCACUACAUCUCUAUGACAAUGCAGAAGCUGAACGAAGUCAACAAAAAUAUCGAUCAGCUUUCCCACAAGAUCAUCAGCAUACAGGCUAUGCAGGAUAUCCAGAAUACAAUGCCACCUGGAACGAUCAUCAUGGACCAUGGCCGUGAGAUUAUUGAACAGGCCGUUGUCCGUAUCGUCAGUACAAAGAAGACAGGACCUGGCGUACUCUACCUCUUCAAUAACAUGGUCAUGCUCGCUAUUACUAAGAAGAAGAUUAAUACACCACUCCUCCAAUUCGAACCGUCCAAGUUCAAAUUCGCUAACUGCAAGCCAGUACUUACAUCAAUAUAUGUUGUUGAUGAUGACGAAGCUUACCAGAUCGAUUUCAACGAUAUUUCGGAGAAAAUGACUUGGUUGGACCAAUAUCAUAACCUUUUGUCAGAAAUCUUCAGAGAAUACAAGUCAGAGAAGCCAGCUGUCAAGUGGACAGACGUAGAACUCAGCGAAACAGUCGCAGAACGUGUUUCUCACGAUGGUUGCGUUUCUUCUGGUUUUGUCUAUUAUUUCGGUGGUACAAACGAAUCGCGCUCCACGACCUCAACAAUCAUCAGAUACAACAUCGCAGACUCCAUUUGGAGUAUCGAAAACGCUCAAGUUCCUCCUCGCGAAUCUCAUUCUAUCACAGCUCUCAGAGAAAACCUUUACGUUGCAUUCGGUAACAACUCUAACAAAGUCUACAGCGAUAUCUGGUGCUACAACCAGGCAAAGAGAACUUGGACUGAAAUUGUCCCAGCAAAUGGAAAGCCAUCACCACGUUUCGGCCAUACAUGCGUUGUUUACGACUCUAAGCUCUACUUCUUCGGUGGCAAAGUUACAAACAAGAUGAACGAUAAAGAUACAACAAUAUCCAACUGCGUUUCAUACUACGAUCCUCACAACAACGAGUUCCGUGAGCUCGGUGAGCUUCCAAACUCCCCACCACCUCGCUACAACCACGCUGCAGUUCUUAUCGGCAAAUCCGAAAUGGCCAUCAUCGGUGGUCGUGGUCCAAAGCAGCAGACAUUCGACGACAUAUGGGUUCUCGACAUGCUGAACAUGACAUGGAGCAAGCGAUCCAAAGCAUCCGUCUCUGCUCGUCACGAUUGCCGCGCAUCAGUCAUUGCCGACCGUUGGCUGUUUGUUUCCGGUGGUGCCGCAGACUCUCAGUCCGAGGACAUUGUUGUCAUCGAUACAAAGCACUGGUUGAAAGUGGAAGUUGAGCAUUUCGGAAACAUUCCACCAAAUCUCUGCAAGCAUUCAAGUAUCGCCAUCGAUUCACACAGGUUCAUGAUAUACGGUGGUACAGAGAGAGUCUCACACAGAUCAUAUCCAUCUGCCUGGAUCUGCGAAUGCGACGAAGCAAUGCCAAUCAUGUCAAAGAUGGCACCGCAGACAGUAGAGAACUACUGGGAGAAGGAGAUGAUACAGGCAGUCGCUGCAGGAAGAGCACACCGCGCACAGUCAGUUGACCCAUCAACACUUGUUUCCAAGGCACAGUCAGUUGACCCAUCAACACUUGUUUCCAAGGCACAGUCAGUUAACUUGCAAGUUCCGCCACCACCUUCUGUUCAACCUGGAUCUCUCGACGACGUCACAAAAUCUCCUGAACUAAAUGUCAGCUCCAACACAAUCUCCGCAACACAGCCAAGCAGCAGACACACAAUAUCCGGUCUCCAGGCAACACCGUUCUCUGGAAUGCAGGCAACUCCAUUCGCUGGCUUCAUCCCGAAGAAGGCGAGAGAGUCACCAGCACCGAAACUGAACCCAAUUGACAUCGCAGGAGCACAGUCAAGGAGAUCGAACACAAACGUCAACAGAUCAGGAGGCGGAGGACUCCAGCCAACACAGUCACCAGGCAUGCCUCCAGCACCCCCUCCACCACCUCCAGCGACAACUACGAAGAAGACUGUCGUGUCGAAGGAAGCGAAGGUCGCAAAGGACAGCAAGAAGGACAAGGAGAAAGAGAAAGAUCCAAAGAAGGACAAAGACGCAAAGAAGGAUAAGUCAAAGGUAGAGAAUCUAAAGCCACGCGAGCAGCCACCAAGCGAACAGGCAGGAGAGAAGAAGGACGGUCUCGCAACAGUAGACAAGAAGACACGCGGAUCAGUUCCAAACAUUUCUGUUCCUUCUCCAGUCGGAAUCACCGCUGCAGACAUAGCGAACUCAAGAAUCAACCUCCGCCGCCAGAAGUCGAAGGAAGAGAUGACAAACAUAAGAGCAUCCCCACUUGCAAAUGCAUCAAACGAUUCCGCAAACUACGACGAGGCAAGAAAGAAUUUCACUGCAAAGGGAGAGAAGUUCGUCAUGUCAGAAUUCUACAGAGAACUCGGCAUCGACGUCAGCUCACUCAACAUUUUCGAACAGAACGCAACAAAGAUCAAGUCGAGCAAGCUCUGGCAGAAGAGUUACGAGAACAACGAACUCAGCGGAAAAGUCGCAAAACUAGAGAACCUCCUCACAGGAAACAGCGAUCCACCGGAAGGAAUGACAUUCCUUGUAAAGGUGUUCGAUGAUAACAUGAGAACGUCUAAGAUAAUGAGAAUAUCAACAGCAACAAAACUCGAUGACGUCUUGGCGAAAGUUGACGAAAUACUUCAGAAGAACGACGCGAUUCUUACAAUUGCCAUAGGUAAGGGAAGAACGCAGCCGCUCUCCCAGGAAUCUCUUUAUGAUGCAAUGAGAAAUGUCUACAAAGGUUUAACUAGAUGUAUUACUAUUAACGCGAUUUAA